AAUUUGAAAGUAAAUCAGCAGAAUGUCUAGCACCAAGGAGCAAACUUCCCCAAGGGGCGAAACCCAGAGCCAGAGCCAGAAGAAAGAAACGCUGGAAGGGCUACCUUUAGAGAGCAGCCCUUACGUCAAGUACCGAGAUUUGGAGGAUUACAAACGCCAGGCCUACGGCACGGAAGGACACCUCCCAGUGGAGAUAAAGCAAGGCGCAAGCGGCAGCACUGAUGCCCCUACGCUUACCGGAGCCGCCGUGUCCGACGCUAAGUCCAUCCUCACCAAUGCUUCCGGCAACUAAUUAACGGCAUCAUGUCGCAUUUAAUAAUAUAUCAAAGUUUUGAUUAUUAUUAAUUAAUUAUAUUAUUAGUUUUUUUUUAAAUUUGGACC